AGCAAAUGGGUUCUGCAGCCUCAACAAUUAUCGGCAUCUAGAGUCAUGUUUAAGUCACAACAAAUAUAAACCCUUGUUGUUGUAAUGAGAUUUUGACGACUCCGAAUCAAGUACGUAAGUUCCUGUACACGAUGGCCUCGUCUUUCACGGUCGGGGACAAAUUUCGUGAGAGGGUGAGAGUGUUGCUGGAGAAUGAGACGUCGGUUAAACCAGGCUUGCGUGAAGCACUAGAGGCGGUCCGGGAGCAGUCGACCUUGUCAUUUAAAGAAGCAAGAAAGCUUCACAGACUUCUUGAGGAAAAUGGAUACCCAGUCUGCCUUCAUGAGCUGAUGGAGGACAGCACACUGUAUCUGCCCAAGUAUGAAAAACCCCCAAGAAACCCCCAGCUGGUGGCUCGGCUAGAGAAGAUCAAAGCAAAACUUGCAAAUGAAGAGUAUAAACGAAUUACACGGAAUGUGAAUCCUCAGGAAUUAAAUAACCAUGGAACCUUAGCAGACUUUGGAAGGCAAGUGCGUUCUGUCAAAGCAGUUGUUGUGACUGUAUUUAACUUCUUGGUGACAGUGGUUGCUGCUUUUGCUUGUGCCUACCUGGGCAGUCAGUACAUCUUCACAGAGACGACAUCACGGGUCAUAUCUGCAGUGAUAGCAGCAUCAGUUGUGGGUCUGGCAGAGCUGUAUGUUCUGGUCCGGACCAUGGAAGGAGAACUGGGAGAACUUUAACCCAAAUCUACAGCUACGUAUUUCAACAGAACCUUACUGUUAUCAAGUCAGCAGGUCUGGA